AUGGCUCGUGUUCAGGUCCAUUCAGCGCAGAUCAGGCAUGAACGAUCGUCGUAUCCCUCAAGUGAUGGAUUUGUAGGUACAGGUCAAUCAGGCAAUGAUGCGAACCAACGAGCUUUCGCACGUAGUACCACGUUCAGUUGGGCCAGCCAUCUAAAUCAACAAGCAAGAUUGCGACCCACAAGCGAGUUCUACACUUCGACCAGCUUCAACGGUGCCCAGGUACCCACCAGCUACGGAGACGUCGAGAAAGUCGUUCACAUAACCUACGGUGAUGAGAUUAGCGAGACGCCUUAUGGACUUAUUCGAAAAUGUGUCGACGAUGUGACCUCCCAGAGGAUCAGCUGGAAGCUUAAGAGUGUCGCACAAAAGCACAGGUCCAUCGAUUACCAUGUGCAAUUCCUUCCCAGCUCCAGCAUAGGAAAGGUUCUAGGCAGAUCAGCCGUGCUACUGGAGCUCUCAAGGCACAAGGCGGCCAUUCCCAAGGGCGCCGAACCAGAUAAAUACCAGAAGAUACUUGCAGUGUUGUACCUUACGAAGACGCCGAAUGCAAUAGAAACCUUCGUCACUACAGGUGUGAGUGAUGCAUACCUGCCGUUCGACGAGGCCACAGUUGCGGUUGAAGGUGUCCAUCGAGUAGGGUUGCGAAGUAGGAGGCAACCAGACAUCUGCUGUGCUCCAUUCACGGACGAGGGUGAUACUCGAUCAUUCCUCCAACAGCAAUGGAGCGUCAUCGCUCAUGUGUUCGACGAGGCCGAGGGCAAUUACGUUCCAUUUUAUCAUCUAGAUCGCGAGACAAUCUUACCCUAUCGCGAAUACCACCCGACUGGACGGAAAGGCGCUUACGGCAAGAUCUAUAGGACGAAAAUUCAUCCUGACCAUCAUCCGUGGAACUGGAACAAAGAAGUGGCAUAUAGGAAGAGCCGCAAUGUUUUUGCUAUCAAGAUGUUGAAAGACUCAGAUGCCAAUGCAUUUACCCAAGAAUUCAAGGUGCUCGCGAAGCUGAACAAAAGUGCACACGCGCAUGAGCACCUCAUCAACUUGCUUGCGGCAUACGAACAGAGGGGUAUCUAUCAUCUGGUCUUUCCAUGGGCCGACUGCGAUCUAUUCGAUUACUGGAAACGGAAUCCCACACCAGACAAGAAUGCUAUGAGAGCAGCAUGGAUGGCGAAGCAAUGUCAUGGGCUUACAGAAGCCUUGAACAGGAUUCAUCAUUACAAUACCCUUUCUGGAAGUCUAAUAGCGUCUGCUUCGAAGUUAGAAAAGGUUUCCACGCCAACGUCUCCUUCCAGCGCAGCGGAAAAAGAUCCAUUUGAGCGCCGUUUCUUUGGCCGCCACGGAGAUCUCAAGCCCGAGAACAUUAUAUGGUUCCCAGAUCCGCGGUCUAUCGGCAGUUAUGGCAUACUGAAGAUCGCAGAUUUUGGAACCACUCAAUUCAGUACUGAGCAUUCGAAGCGGGGUAUUGUACCAAACUCGCCGACAUAUCGCUCUCCAGAAUACGAACUUGACAAGACACACAGCAUAGCAUGUGACAUUUGGGCACUUGGUUGCAUCUUUCUUGAAUUUGCCACAUGGUAUUUUGGCGGCCAGAAAGCUCUCGCUGAGUUCAAUAGGCAUCGACUGGACACAGAUCGGUACAUGGCCGGAAUCCCAUCCGACACGUUUUUCGUAAUACGCAAUGUGGGUCACGCUCCGAAAGCAGAGGUCAAGCCUGCUAUAUUGAAGAAAAUCGAAGAUCUGUACUCGAUACAGUCAUUGGAACGCCAUACACCAACCAAAAGUUUCUUUCAGACCUUGCUCAACCUCAUUCGGUGCGACAUGCUUGUCAUCAAUCACGGUGUAGAUAGUGAUCCAGGUAGUUUUGAGCCGCAGCAGGUAGAGCACGAAGAGCACGUGAUCACAUCGCUCGCUCGAGCAAUGUCAGACAGUUUGCCAAUUCCAGACCGCAGCAGCACACGACGUAAGAGCUCUGGAGAUAUCUUCCGAGCUCUAGGCAACCACUCCCUUACCGCGUGCUCGACCCAACUUAUCACUCCUUCGCCUUCAAAGAAGCUCGAUGGCUCGAUAUCGGCUGUAAAACCUGUCUUGGAUAAUAUAAGCAGGGGGAGACCGAAGGAUUCGCAGUCUUUGAGAAAGAUGCAUGACUUGGACGAUUUCGUCAGUGCUGCUAUGUGGCAGUUGUUGCGAUAA